AUGGCUGAUGGUGGUAAAAUUAAAUAUGAGAAUGAUGAGGACUUAAAAGAAAGUGCAGAAGAAAAUUUAAGUUGGCAAUCGAAUUUUGAAAAUGAACUAUGGGAAGACAGUUUUGAAAUGGGUGGAAAACGAGAAUUUGAUUUAGGGAAUAUUGAAGAAUAUUCAUUCAUAGCUAAGAAAUCAAAUAAUAGUAGUAUAACUGAAAAUGUUUUAAAAUUUUUCUAUUCUUAUGGAUACGAUUGUCGAAAGUAUUUCAACCUUUGUGUAGUUGAUAUGAAUACUAUUGCUUUUGCUGCUGGCAAUUUAAUUCAGUUUUUUAAUGUAGAAGAAAAUAGAUUUUGGUUUAAAGGAGGCUCUGCGGGUACUGGCAUUGGACACAUAUGUAAAAACCCUGCCUUUGAACAUAUUGCUGUUGGAGCAAAUGGAACAGAUCCUUUAAUAAAUAUUUAUAAUUGGCCUAUUAUGGAAAUUGUAGUUAUUUUAAAAGGGAUUUCUCUCUGGAACUGGAAAGAAUCAAAAAUUAUUUUACAAUGUAAAUCUUAUGUUCAAGAUGUAUAUAAUAUAACUUUUUCUAAAUAUAUUCCUGGUCAGUUAACAUCCAGUGGAAUAGGACAUAUUAAAUUUUGGAAAAUGUCUAAAACUUUCACUGGGUUAAAACUUAAAGGUGAAAUUGGUAAAUUUGGGAAUACAGAGAUUUCUGAUAUUAUAGCGAUUCAUCCUAUGCCAAAUGAAACUGUGAUAUCAGGUUGUGAGUGGGGUAAUAUACUUCUGUGGGAUGAAAGUUUAAUUAAACUUGAAGCAUGUAAAAAAAAUAAGGAAACAGCACAUAUUGGUUGUAUUAGUCAAUUUGAGUACACCAAUGGAGAACUUAUAUCUGUUGGAUUAGAUGGAUGGAUAAGAUUUUGGUUUUAUGAAACCAUUGAUCAUGCCAAUCUUUCCGAUGAAGAACAAUUUCUUGAAAUUCAACCAAUUUAUGAAUUUCAAAUUGAAGAAGAAAAAGAAAGUGCAAUGCUUAUGAGUAUUCAGAAACAAGAACCAAAUUAUCCUGAAAACACAAUUUGGUAUGGCCAGGAUGGAAAUGGAGGACUAUGGUUGCUUGACCUUUGUACUAGUAGAAAACAAUUGCAAAAAAAAAUUUUUACAUGUCAUGCUGGCCCUAUAGUUGAUAUGGAUGUAGCAGAUUGGGGACCCUUUGUAGCUACACUUGAUAGAAGUGGCAACUUGCAUAUUUAUAAUUAUAUAGAAAAAAAAUUAAUUCUAGUUUACAAAUUCUAUGACAAUGGAAGUCAAGUGAUUUGGCUUCCAUGUAAGAUUGAAAAAACAGGUUCAUCACUUAUAUGUUCCUUUGAAAGUGGUAUUGUUAGAAUGAUUGUAGUAGCAAUGCAAGCAGCAUGUACUAAAGAUAAUAUAAAAGGAGAUUAUAUAAAAUUAAUUCAAGUUUUAAAGCCACAUUCAAUGCCAAUUACUGCAAUGUGCUUAAAUACAUCUUGUAGUUUAUUGGUAACAGGAAGUGAUGAUGCUACUAUUUUUACAUUUAAUAUUCAUUUUACCAAUACUUAUCCUACAAUUGUACCUAUUGGUUAUGUAAAACUUCCGUCAUCUGUUACUUGUAUGGCAUGGAAUCCUCAGGAAGAAGCUACUUUGUUAAUUGGAUGUUUAAAAGGAGACUGUGUGGAAGUAAAAUUACCUGUAAUACCUCAGUCAUACACAACUAUUUCUUAUGAACUUAUCAAGUGUAGUCCUGUGUCAUUUAAAUUUGAAUCUGUAAAGUCUUCAAUAGAACGAGAGGCUAUGAAAAAAGAGUAUGAAAGAGAAAAGGAAAAGAAACUUGCAGAAAAAAGAAAAGAAAUGGAACAAUUAAUACUAGAAAAUCCUCACAUUAUAAUCGAUGAAGAAACAUUUUUGAUGGAUCUUGAUGAAAAAGAGGUCACUUUUCCAGAAAUUUACAUUCCAGAAACCCCAAAUAAAAUUUUAAUAGCACAAUAUGGUAUUGAUGGAAAUAUAUGGUUAUUUAUAGCUGGUUUUGAUGCAGGAUAUGUUUACGAAUACCCUCGUCCAUUAUCUGGAAGAUUAAAACAUAAUAAACCAGUUAGGAGUAGAAUAAUGGAACGUGCAAAAAAUAUAGAAAUUCAUAACUUUCUUUUACACAAAACUAAGGAAUAUUUAUUUUUGGGAACACAACAUGGAGAACUUUGCAUUAUUAAGAUAAAGGGAAAGGAUCCAUUAGAUUUUUCAGAUUGCUCUAUUUUAUCAAUACAUGAUUAUUAUAAUGGACACAUAUCUAGAAUUUUAUUGAGUUAUGACAAGAAAAUGUUAUUAACAUGUGGUUAUGAUGGAAAUAUAUUUGCAUUCAAAGUCAAUGAUAAUAUAUAUAAUGAAGAGUACGAAGUACCCAAACCAGAAUAUCCUUCUUUUAUGCCUAAGAGUGUUGAAGACAUUGAAGAUGCUGAUUAUCCAAAUCUGGAAGAAGUAAUUACUCAAAAGGAAAAAAACCGAAUUAUUUCAGUAGCAGAAGAGAAGAAGAAACACAUUCUUGAAAUCAUACGUAAUUUAACAGAAGAAUAUGUUAAAAUUACUAUAAGAAUAGUACAAGAACAAAUUGAGGAAGAAAAACGUGAGUCAGAAGAGAACAAAAUACAAUAUUUAGGUCUUUUAACUGAAGAUUUCAGUACUCUUUCAUCUGGAUUAGGGUUGCAAAUUAAUCAAAUGUUAGUAAAAUAUAAAGAGAAGAUAGCAAGAUUGAUGCAACGACAAAGUGAAUGGCGAAAACUACAUGAAAGAAAACCAAACUUGGUUAAAAAUCGUAUGGAAGAUGUAGUUUAUCUCGAAAAAGCAAGACAAACGAUUGGUGAAUAUAAUUUGAAGAUGAAUGCAGAGUUUAAUUUAGCAAAGAGAAAACAAACUGCAGCUAGAAAGUUCAAACAACUUUUAGAUUGUAGAAAUAAGCUUCAUUACUUGCGGGAAAAUUUUAAUGAAAAUUUAAAAAUAAUUGCAAAGGAAAAACAAAGAAUGCAGAAAGAAGUUAUUAAACUAAUAGAAAUACUUAAAAGAAUUCAUACAGAAAUUCCAUCGAAAAACAUAAAAUCUUUACCAAAGCCACCAAAAAUAAACCUUGUCAUUGAAUUUCCUGAGCAUAAUCUUGAGCUUGAAAAGUACAUAUCUAUGUCAGAAAAGAUGCAAGAAGUGAAACGUCAAAGGCAGUCAUUAAUUAUAGAUCCAUUAAUAGAUAAUUUGGAUUUAGAAUAUGAAAUAUUAUAUUGUAAUGAUAAAACAAAUUUUAGAGAAGAGCGAGAAAGUCUCUAUACUGAUGUUUCUUCUUCAAGAAUGAAAAUAAAAGACUUAUCUAUACAUGGUGACUUAAUUAGAAAUCUCAACACCAGCGAUUCUAUUCAAACUACGUGGGAACGUGAAAUGAAACGUUCUCGAAUAUGGCGAAAAAUAUAUGAACAAGAUUGUAUUUUACGAUAUAUCGAUGCUAAUUAUAAACAAUUGGAAGAUGAAUUAGAUGAAUUAGAAAAAUACAGACUUGAUGUUAUAUAUCAAAAUACGCACAUGAAUCUGAAUUUAUUAACUUUAUAUGAAGAAUUUAUUAUUUUGAAAGAAUUUGAAAUAACGGAACAUAUACUUGAAGAGAAAGUUAAUCAGAAGUCAAAUGAACGUACCGCCGUAAUAUUACAAGUACAAGCUACGAAUGUUAAUAUUGUCGCACGAGAAGAAGAAAUUGGAAAAUUAUAUAUGAGAAUUAAAGAUAUUGCUGUUGAAUUUACAAAAGCAGUAGCUGACAAUAAAUUUCAUGAUUUUCUUCACAAAAUAUUUAAAAAAAAGUAUACAGCAGUAAAGAAACAAAAUGGCUCUUUCGGUUCUAUUACACAAACAUCAGAAACUAGUUCUCAAGAAACAGACGAUACAAUAGAUUCUGAAACCGAAUAUAUUCCAUUUGAUGAAAAUGUAUGUCCAUCUGGAUGUGAUAAAGAAUUGUACGAAAUGGCAUUUUCUAUGAGACAAAAAAGACAUUCAUACGAAUUUCAGAUUAGGGAAGAACAAAAAGAAAUAGAAAUAUUGCAUAAAGAAUUAGAUACCAGUGCAAAACAUUUGAGAAUUAUUGAAAGUAAUUUAAGAAACAAUCAGGAAGAAUUGCAAAACUUUAUGAUGGAUAAAUAUAAAAGGUUAAAUGACAUUAAUGUAACAGUCACAUUAAAACUUCAUCAGUUACAACAUAUAUUAAAUUCUGAGAAUAUGGCAGAAAUUCAAAAUUGUGUAGUUUUUAAUAAAAAGGAGUUGUCAAAUCUUUAUGCUAGAGUAGGAGAACUACAAGAAGAAACAUACAAUCUGGAAAAAAAGCGCAAAAAGAAUGAAGCACAUCUAAAGCGAAUAAAAUUGGAUUUAAAAUAUAUGGAAACUCAAAAUAAGAGGCUGGAGGAACAUAUGAAAGAAAAGAUGAUACAAAAAUUUGGUCAAAAAGUAUCUUUAAUUAGCCUUUAUGAAACCAUUUUACAAAGAUUAAUUUAUGAUACCAAAACUAACAUACAUAACAUUAUGAAGAAUUUUGCUAAAGAUAUAAAACGUAAAUGAAAGAGCUUAAAAAUUCUAAAAAAUCUAAUUCGAAAGAAUACUGAAAAAUUAAGUUUGUUGACAGUAUUGGAGAAAGAAAAAUCUAAACUUAAUAAAAUUUUGGAAAAUACUCUAAUUUCAAAAGCAAGAAUGUUACAAAUAGAACUCGAACACAAGGCCGAUAUUAUUGCACUUGAAAAUAUUCUUUAUGAUCAAAUGCAGCAAAAACUUGCACUCCAAUAUGAUAUAGAAAGCCUUAAAACUGGAUUGAGAAAAUUGCCUCCAAUUUGUUUUAAGAAGUUUAACUGA